AUGAUACAAAAAGGCGAUUUUGUUUGUCCUGGUGGACUAUCCAUCCCGUAUGAUUGGGUUUGUGAUCAGAAAGCUGACUGCCCCGGAGGCGAGGACGAAGCGGUGGGUCCACACACUCAAUCUCAAUGUUCUCCGUCAAAAGUGCUUCAAGAACCACAAUCAUCUUGUCCUUCGGGAAUGUUUGCCUGUGGGCGUGUGUCCACUCUGACUACCGCUCGAUGUAUUCCGGAGGAUCGUGUUUGCGAUGGGGUGUACGACUGUGAAGAUAGGUCCGAUGAGUUCACCAACUGCGCUAUGUUGCUGUUUGUCGGCCCACGUAUGACCUUGAUAUAA